GCGAGUUCAUCUGGGACGCCAGUUAAAGUGCGAGCAUCAGUACUACCGACGCUCCUUGGGGAUGGUGGCUCUGCGCGUUUAAGCCAGUCUGCUCAGAAACACUACUUAUAGUCUUUUAGGUUUAUGAUAUUUCACGAAAAGCAUUUUUGUUUGAAUUUGUUAAACACGGGACGUUUAAAUUGCCAUAUGAGGUUUGGAGAAAAGUGAGCCAGACUUGCUCAUCAUCAGAGGUGCGCCUUGGAAGUUCUUGGAUUGUGGAGCAGCAAGAAGCGUCGGCGGGGCGCAGCGGGCGGGGGCAGACUGAGAGACACAGCGCUUUGCCUUCCAGGCUGCCCGGACGCGGAUCUACGGGGACUUCUGCCGUGCUUUGGAAAUUACACCCUGGGUAUGCAUCGUGAAAAAGCUGCACUUGGGCUCUGGACACUCGUCCUGCUUCUUAAGGUGGCCCCCGCGGACGCCUGCCCCAGCAAUCGCUUCACCCUCUCUGGGGAGUGCUGCAGGUUCUGCCCCGCGGGAUUCGGCGUGGCAGCCCAAUGCGGCAGGGAGAACACCAAGUGUGAACCGUGCCAGGAUGCACGGGGAAGCGGGACACUUGGGGCCGGCACCUUCUCGGAGGACAGCAGCCAUGACCGGACAUGCCAGCCUUGCUCCCAGUGUCAGGACAAUGAGGUGGAGAUCCGGGCCUGUCAGCCCAACUCCGACACGCUGUGCAUGGAGAGGCACCUCCACAUCUUGUCCAGACCCACUGAGUCGGAUGGCCCCCGCAGGGAAGCCAGCCCAACCUCGGGGGAGCCCAGGUUCACCCCUCAGGAUCAGGGCGGCAACAGCAUCAUCCCCGUCUACGUGUCCGUUUUAGCUGCCGUCGUGCUUGGGCUCCUGCUCUACGUCGCCUACAAGUGCCGGACUUCCUGCAAGCAGAAGCAGGCCCUGGGAAAAGCUCGGAGCGGGGAUCCCAGCAGCGCCCCCGAGGGAGAGAAGCUGCACAGCGAUAGCGGCGUCUUCCUGGACUCCCACAGCCUGCAGGAGACCCAGCUCAGCAAAGGCAGUAAGCGGGACAGCAAGCUGGACACGCGGCUCUAUCUGAACGUGGCCCCCCACAGGCAGGAGGAGGUGGAGCUCCUGCUGCAGGAGGGCGGCGACUGGAGCUGGAGGCAGCUGGCAGCCCAGUUAGGGUACGAGCUGCAGCAGACGGACAUGUUCGGUCGUGGGGAGGACCCGGUGCACACGCUGCUGUCUGACUGGGCUGCGCAGGACGGCUCCACGCUGGGCGUGCUCUGCUCCGCCCUGACGAAGAUCGACAGGGCCGACGUGGCCACGCUUCUCUGCUGCCCCACGCAGGGAAGCUCUGUGGUCUGAGUGCUGGACCAGCCCCCAGACUGACUGCCCCACCUCCAGGGGGAGUGUGUGAGCGCGUGUGUGCUGGGCGGAGGGGGGCGACUGACAUCCAGAAAUCAAUCCGCAGUAUAAAUGGCGGCGCCCGUCAGCCCGAUAGAGGGUGCCGGCUUUUCCACAUGUGCCACCUCGUCAUCUGCAAGCCACUGAUGCAAGAAAAUAAUCCCGCUACACCUCACGGGCUCUGGGACUCGGGUCAGAGUGAGCUGGCAGAGUGCUUCUUGGGGUCCUGCCCACCCCAGGCUGAGGCUGCGUGCCUCGGUGCCUCAGAGCUGCCUCUUCCACCCCCACUGCUCAUUUCCUGGGGUCCUGCCCACCCCAGGCUGAGGCUGCGUGCCCCGGUGCCUCAGAGCUGCCUCUUCCACCCCAACUGCUCAUCCUCACCACACCCCAGAGUGAAACAUUUAGUCCGAAACUAAGCUGGCUCUACUCUGCUUGAUCCUUUCACUCUGCUUCUGUCCUCCUCAUUGUCGCUGCUCUCAACUAUUUCUGUGACCCUUUGCAGCCAGAAAAAGGUGGUCAGGAUUUAAAAAUUUGAUCUCCAAGAGAAGCCACUUCUUUAAGCCGCCCAAAUCUUGCCUGAUGUGGUAUUGGCUUCCCUUUGAUCAAUGUUAUCUUAUGUAUCUUGUUAUAAGCAUCUCAGUAUGUUAAGAGAUCUUGUAUAAUAUUCUAGCUUGUUAAAUAAAUACAGUUUGAAGUUU